CGUUAGACCAUCUCCACCGCGGCCAUCGUUAGUUCAUCAUGGCCAUGCACUUUCCGGCAACUUUCACGGCGUGCCUACUUUUGGCCAACCUUUUGACCAUCGUGAGUUCGACCAAUGAAAUUGAAGUUGAGGACGAACAUCCGUUUACAUACGAGGAGAAUACCGAGAAGGGUCCCGAGCAUUGGGGGGACCUAAAUCCGAGCUGGCGAGUUUGUGAUACCGGAAACUUCCAAUCUCCGAUCGAUUUACGCCACGAAAAAGUCGAGCUUUUGUCGGGGCUCGGGCAAUUGAGGAGAACGUACAAACCGGCCCCAGCUGUAGUGAGAAAUCGAGGACAUGAUAUUAUGGUACAGUGGAAAGGGGAUGCAGGGGGAAUUAUUAUAAACGAGACUCGGUACAACUUAAUCCAAUGCCAUUGGCAUACUCCUUCUGAACACCGUGUUGAUGGGAAAAGNUUUAAUAUGGAGUUGCAUAUGGUUCAUAACAACUCACAAGGACAAAUUGCUGUCGUGGGCAUAUUGUAUGCAUUGGGGCGUCCAGAUACGUUUCUCACGAAGCUUUUACCAAAUAUAACAUCACUUAAUGAGGAGGGAAAUGAACUGGGUGUUGUUAAUCCAUGGGAAAUCAAGUUUGGAAGUAGAAAAUACUACAGAUACAUUGGUUCUCUUACAGUGCCACCAUGCACAGAAGGUGUUAUUUGGACACUGCUUACAAAGGUGAGGACAGUGUCAAGGGAGCAACUAAGAGCAUUGAGAGAUGCAGUCCAUGAUGGUUUUGAGGAGAAUGCAAGACCAACUCAGAGUUUGGAUGGGAGAUCUGUAUACAUGUAUCACCCUGAGCUUUGAGAAUUCCAGCGCAUGGAUAUAUCAUUGCUUUUGAUACUAUUUAAGAGAGAUAGUAUUUAUUUUAUCUAUGUUUCGAUGUAGGGUGUGUGGUCAAGGUGUUUGGCUUAUUCAUUAUGUUAAUUUUUUUCAUGUUUGAACUCAAAUGAGUUUUAAUGUGUCAUGAACCAAUUGAAAAAGUGGAAUUAUGAUAAUACUCAUGUGUUUUGUAAUUACCAUAAGUUAGCUUAUAAACUUAUGGAUGCAAAUAAUUUUUUGUUGGUAGGA